AGGGCAAGUACGAGCGGCAAUUAACAACCCUCUUUUCCAAUUCCAACCCUCUGCAGUCUGCAAAAUCAUGGCCCUUCGCCCGCUCCCUUCCUUCUACAAGAUUUUGCUCGACCGUUCCGCCCCUCGCUUGGAAUUGCCAUCUGGUUUUAUCCGCAGGCACUUGGAGAACAAGAUCCCUGAGAACCCAAUACUCCGAUCAAGAAAUGGAGGGUAUGAAUGGAGAUUGAAGAUAAAAAAAGAAGGUGAAAUUUACUGCUUUACCGAUGGAUGGAGCGACGUCGUUGAAGAUAGCGACUUGGGAUUUGGGGAUUUUCUUGUGUUUUGGCUCGUUGAUGAAUCCACGUUCAAAUUUUCAAUUUUCAGUCCAAAUGGGUGUGAAAGAGAUUUCCCCUCACAAAUCCAGGUUGAAAAUGAUGACCAUGAUGAAGUAGAAGAACAAGAAGCAGAGAAAGAGGAAGAAGAAGUUGAAGUUGAAGAUGGUGUCGAAGACGACGAAGAAGAAGCAGCAGAAGAAGAGGAUGAGGAUGAGGAUGAGGAAGAGGAAGAGGAAGAAUCUGAUGAUGAAGAGGAAGAAGAAGAUGAUAUUUUUGAUGAUGGGGGUGUCGAUGAAGAAGAAGAUGCCGGUGACGAAGAUGACGAUGGUGGUGGUGAUGUUGAUGUUGAUGGGAAUGACGGCGAUCCUUACUUUAUGACGAUUAUGUCUAAAGGUCACACAAUGUCUAUGCGGCUUCCAUCGGAAUUUGCGCGGUUGGCCAGAAUAGAUGCAGAAAGAAGCGUGAUAAUGAAGAAUAUUGAUGGACAAGAGUGGAAAAUAAGGUUACUAUCUGAUAGCAAAAGGUACUAUUUGUCGGGAGGGUGGAGUGAAUUCCGGCGAGUUAAUGAGUUAUGUGAAGGUGAUAAAUGUGUAUUUAAGUUUAUCAAAAGCGAAGACAAGUUGUGUCUAGCAAAAGUCACCAAGAAAAGAGUUCAGUCCAAGCAACCACCGGCGGUUGAAGUUUUGAAGAAGAGGUCCAGAGGGCAGCCGCAGCCGCCAUUGCCACCACCACCGUCACCGCCACGUGUGGAGAUGCAGGAGGUGGUGCGUCCCAAACCGUCAACUGGCAAAGCUCAAGCUCUGGCAGCCGAAGUUUUGAAGAGGUCAAGAGGGAAGCCUCCACAGCCACGUGUGGUGGUGGAAAGUAAAGAUGACGGACGGGAGGUGGUGAAUGAAAAGCAGCCAGCCGGAAAAGUUCCGGCGGCGGCUGAAGUUUUAAAGAGACCGAGAGGGCGGCCGCCGCGUGUGGAGGUGGUGGAGAAAAAGGGGCAGUCUAAGAAGCCAGCUGACAUAGCUCCGGCGGUUGAAGUUUCAAAGAGAUUAAGAGGGCGGCCACCACGUGUGGAGGUGGUGGUGGAGAAAAAGGGGCGGUCUAAGAAGCCGAAGCCGGCUGGCAAAGCUCCAACGGCUGAAAUUUCAAAGAGAUUAAGAGGUCGACCACCACGUGUGGAGGUGGUGGUGGAGAAAAAAGAGCGGUCUAAGAAACCAGUUGGCAAAGCUCCAGCGGCUGAAGUUUCAAAGAGGUUAAGAGGGCGGCCACCACGUAUGGAGGUUGUGGUGGAGAAAAAGGUGCAGUCCAAGAAGCCAGCUGGCAAAGCUCCGGCUGAUAAAGUAUUGAAAAGGAAGAGAGGGCAGCCGUCACAUGUGGAGGUGGAAGGUGGGAAGUCGGUUGUGAAGAGAUCACCGGGAAGGCCAUUUAAGAGGAAGAGAGGGCGGCCGGCCAGCGGCUCAUGAUGUUAAGCAAGUAAAUUUUGUGGAGUAAUUGAACGGUUACUUUAAUUAAAUGGUGGUGUAGAUAAAAGUUUA